CAACAGUUUUCUCGUUUCAUAUAUACUGACGUAAUCACAGCGAUUUUAAAGUUUGCUCAGAGUUGAAAGUUGAGGCGGGGCUUUGUGUCGGGGUCUGACAAACACAGGUCCCCCAGUCGAGUCGGCUCAGCAGACAGGCUGACAGUGCUUGUUGGAUCGAGAAGAAAAAACUUCUCUACCAGACUGAAAGUGUGAGAAGAACAAUGGACUAGUACCCCAUUGACUGUACAAAUAUAGAAGUUUUGUUUUGUUUGUUUUUUACUUGUUAAUUUUUUCACGAGUCUCUAUUAUUUUGGCGACAGAGAUUUGCUCCUUUUGCUCCGCCCUGCCUGACACCGGGCCAUUUGCAGACGUGACUGGAUGUUUACCCAGGGGGAGAGAUCUCUGCCGAGUGCUGUUUAAGCCCGUGCACAACAGAGCACAAACAGACCACGGAGUGGAAACAGCGAACAAGAGGUGAAAGCUAUCAUCUCAUCUGUGCCUUUUCCAGUGGAUUUUUCAUCUGCUAAAUCUUGUCCAUAUUCAGUUUGUGGGUAAUCUAUUAUUUUCUUUCUCAGCUUCUAAAAGUUUGAUUUAAGGGGCGUUGCCCCCUCUUGCCCCAGCGUAGGCCCUAUUAACAAGAAAAAACAGGACUUUUUGGACAAUCCGAACGUGUUUUUUUUGUGUUGUUUUGUGGGGGGGUUCUUCACAAAAUCGUAUUCAAAUCUUCAGACAACCGUGCUUGACGGUCAAAAAGAUGAGUCUAGCGGCAUAUUUAUUAUUUUUACUCCUCUGUAGUCGGAUUGAAGCAAACUUUGCGUCUUCACCAAGGAUGAUAUUCACAGAAAAAGAAACUGCAAUGAAAAGAUUCAGUCUUCCCCAAGAUCCACCAGUACAGAUUCUUCUAGAAGAGCAGCCGGACACUGCCUUAGCUGUUGGAAAAACAUGCCUGAAUAUCUACAACUUUCAAAACCAGAACAAGAGUCAUAAAUCGAUGCGGUUGGAGAAUUGCAACAGUGAUUGCAGCUAUAACAUCACUUUGGUCCACCUGAUGGAAGAUGCGAACCAGUUGUUUGUGUGUGGAGCCACUGAUGAUGAAACAGUUUGCUGUAACUCGAAUUUCACAGAGCAGUCACCGAUAUGCAAGGAGAGUUUAAUAAAAGAUAUAAGGACAUUUAACAUAAAGGAGGGUGACCUGUCGGCCCUUGCAGAAUCUGAAACAAGUGCAGCUCUCUACAUAACACGCUCUGGAACUGAUGAAUCUGUUGGCAUUCACAAAUUUGGUAAAGCAAGAGUGCGGCCAAAGAACCACCAGAAAGAGCAGUAUUAUGUAGGUUUGGUGCUCAGCAGACACAAAGAGGAUCCCUCCCAGAACAGAGUUUAUGGCUUCUAUAGGGAGAAAAACAAAGACACUGGACUGUUCAGUGAAAUGUGGAUCCCCUUUGUGACCCAGGUUUGCAUGACAGAUGUUGGUGGUCCUAGGAACAACCUGCAGUUUACCUGGACAUCCCAAAUGAAUGCCAGGCUCUUCUGUGGAGAUCCUGAGAGAAAACAGCAUUUCUCUGAGCUGGUUGAUGUUUCCACUGUGGAUGCAGACCGAUGGCAGGAUACAAAGAUCUAUGCACUCUUUAGAAAUGAAUGGGGAAUGAGUGCUGUCUGUGUCUACACGAUUGAAGCUAUCAAUAACAUCUUCAAAAACUCCCCUUUCAAAGGUUACACAAAAGACCAAAUGGACAGGCCAAGGACGUGUGUUAAUGAUAGCACCAAGCUUCAAGUGGACACCCUGAAGAAGAUUGACAAGACGUCAGAGAUGGAGCAGUUGGUUCAUCCUGUGGGCAACUCUGGCGUUCUUCUCUUUAGUCAUCACAAGUAUACCCACAUCCAUGUUGACAGUAAACCAAACAGCAGAAGUAGAAAUCAGAACGUCAUCUUCCUAUCUUUAAACAAUGGAGGCAUUCAAAAAGUGCUGCACAAUGAAAGUCACACCUUUGUCAUCGCUGAGUAUCGACCGUUCAGCCACGGAGCACACAUCUUCAGCCUCAUCCUUCACCAAACUUCUAAAAAGCUGUAUGUGAAUAUUGCAAGUGAACUGGUCCAACUUGAUAUAGCAAACUGUUCCCAGUAUGGAGACACCUGCCAGGACUGUAUGCUAUCCAGAGAUCCCUACUGUGGCUGGGAUGGCACCCACUGCACCCCUGAUUCAAAUGGGAGGUGGCAUGAUGCAGCAACUGGGAACCUUGGCAUCUGUGGAGACGACACUAUGCAAGAAUUUACAAGUCCCUUUCCAAAUCCAGAAAAGAAUGAAGUCCGACUUCAUGCAAAGCAUUUUCUGCGGUGCUCAAUGUCAUCUCGUCAUGCUCAGUACAGUUGGCAGCACCUUCAAAACUCCUCAUCUUGCAUCUGGGAGGCAGAUCAGUGCCUUUAUUUUAUCAACAGCAUGGGACCUGAGCAGGAAGGAACCCACACCUGUGUAUCAGAGGAAAUGGGUUACAGGAAAGUCUUGUCACAGUACCAACUACAGCUCCAGGAACUACAGGAGAGCAAGGCAGUGGGCCAACAGUUAAACCCAAUCAUCUGGUGUUGUCUAAGUGUGGUUCUGAUUCAGAGUUUCUCAUGUUAAAGCCUCAGAUUUGAUGUAUUAUAUUGUUAUAUAUUAUAAAAUCUUAAAUUUGCAAAUGAAGGACCAUAAGUCCCUAUUGUUUCCUGUUUUUACUAAAAAAAUUAAAUCUCUACAUUUCUGAUACAUGUUUAAGCAUCUACAGCAGCUGGGGUUCAGAAGGUAAAGAAGGCUAUUCACUGUGGAGAUUGGAUGUUCAGUUUCUUCAGUUCACAGUGUCCUUGGGAAAGACAUUGCUCCCCAAAUUCCCACCAGUCAUCAGUCAGAAAGUGUGAGAUAAAUACAAACCACUGUAGAUGUACAGAUGUAGAUGUAAAGACCUCACCCAAAACAAGUCAAUCACGUUUCCUCCUUAACGGCUAAUCAUUAACAUAAAACAAUAACAAUCUUACCAAAACAACCUCCUAUGCCUGCUGCAAAUGUCAGGAUGCCCCGAUCUCAAACCACCUGCUCACUCCCCGUUCUUUCCUGUUAUGCAGAAACUGCGAUGUACACUCACGUCUUUCUAACCUCACAGACAAACUCUCAUCCUGUCACGUCUCUACUCUUAAUCACACAUCCUUAGGUGCCUAUUAUUCUACUCCACAUGAGAAUACAGUAACUGUGCUCUAUGUAAUAGUUUAUCUAACUCCUACAUGCGUGCUUAUCAAUUUGUAUCAUAUAAUUUCUACCUUCCACCAGGGUGGAGGCCUAGCUUUCUUGUUUAUUCUCUCCUCUCUCUGCUUCCUGUGUGUGUGUGUGUGUAUAUGUGUGUGUGUGUGUGUGUGUGUGUGUGUUUAUUUUGUUAAUGCUGUAUAGUUUGCACGGUGGCUUUGGAGAGAAGUCUUCAAAUAAACCAGUGACGGAAACCCA